AUGUCUGUCACCAACUAUUAUACAAAAAUAAAGACUCUAUGGGAUGAACUUGCUUCCUACAACAACUUACCAGUGUGCUCCUGUGGUGCUAUGAAGAAACAUAGUGAACAAGAGGAGAGAAAUGCACUUAUGCAAUUCCUCAUGGGACUCAAUGAGUCCUAUAGUGCAGUGCAAGGACAAAUUUUGCUCAUGCAACCAUUACUGUUCGUUCGCAAGGCAUAUUCUUUGAUUUCUCAAGAAGAGAAGCAACGAAAAUUGGGAACAUCUCAUGCAUCUAUCGAGCCGCAAUCAUUCAACCCGGGACACAAACCGCUUCAUUGCUCUUACUACGACUUUGAUCACCAAACUAGAGACACCUGCUGGAAGUUGAACGGCUACCUUCCGGGACAUCGUUUGCACAACUCCAAAAAGUCUAGUGGUGGACAUAAUAAUCACAACGGCAGCUCCUCGUCAGUACAUCAUGUCAGUGCGCACCCUUCUGUCUUAAAGAUCCAAACUGCCAUGCCUAACCUUUCAGAAAGCCAAUGUCAGCAAGUUUACACCAUGUUAAAUGAACAAUAG